AUGAAAAAUAUUGCAUUAGUAUCUAUUGCAUUUAGUUCUAUUGUAACUUUGUCCUGUUUAAUAUCUGUAGUAUAUAUUCAUUGUGAAAUUCAAAAUGCUUCCCAAAAAAUAUUUAAUGAUAUUAAUAUUUUUAAUGAUGUAAUUAACAAAUCUUUGAUAAUAAUGAAUCAUUUUAAAAUUAAAAAAAGAGAAAUAAAUUAUGAAUCAAAAACAAAUAAUUAUAUUUUCAUUCCAAAGGAACAGACAUUAAUUAAACCAGAAGAUGAGGAGACGAAUACUAUUAAUUUUCCUCCAUCAUCAUCAAUGGGUUUACCACCAGGUGGAAAUAAACCUCAAGAUGAAUGUAACUGUAAAACUGGUAGAGAUAAUAAAUGCCCAGCUGGACCACCAGGGUCUAAAGGAGUUCCUGGACCACCUGGUCUUCCAGGAUUACCUGGAAUUGAUGGUAAAAAUGGAGUUGAUGCUGAAGAUAUUAAUAAAGAUAAUAUUGAAGUAACCUUUUGUAUUACAUGUCCAACUGGACCACAGGGACCACCAGGAUCAAUUGGAAAACCUGGUAUUAGAGGAAAAAAAGGAAGAGAUGGAAAUCCUGGUGUUCAGGGACGUGAUGGUCAUCCUGGAAGACCAGGUGAAAUUGGAUUACCAGGAAUGAUGGGAAAAGAAGGACCACCUGGUAGUCCUGGAGAAAAAGGUAAUGACAGUCGUCUACUUAUAGGUCGUCCAGGUUUACGUGGAAGAAAGGGACCUCAGGGUGCACCAGGACCACAAGGUAAACCAGGAAAAACACCACCACAAGGACCUCCUGGACCUGUUGGUAUACGAGGAAAAAAAGGUCCUACUGGUCCACCAGGACCACCUGGAAUACCUGGUUUACCGGGAAAAGUAGGAAGACCUGGCAGAGACUUGGAAUAUUGUCCAUGUCCACUAAUCAAAACAUAA